AUGUGUGGCAUUUUUUUCUUUCGUUUCAAUUAUAUUCAAUAUAACCCAUGUCUGUCAUUCCUUCAUCACUCACGUCUGUCGUUUAUUCUGUUCUACAAUCUUUCUUUCUUUCUUUCUUUCUUUCUUUCUUUCUUUCUUUUUUUUUUUCUUUUCCGUUAUCUUUACCAUCACUUCUGUCUGCUAUUCUUCCUUUUUUCCUUCCCAUUAUCUUUUGUCAUGAUUCAUAUUUGUCUUUUCUUUCUUUCUUUUCUUUCUUUCUUUUCUUUCUUUCUUUUCCGUUAUCUUUACCAUCACUUCUGUCUGCUAUUCUUCCUUUUUUCUUCCCAUUAUCUUUGUCAUGACUCAUAUUUGUCUUUCUUUCUUUCUUUCUUUCUUUCUUUUCUUUUCUUUUUCUUUCUUUCUUUUCCGUUAUCUUUACCAUCACUUCUGUCUGCUAUUCUUCCUUUUUUCCUUCCCAUUAUCUUUGUUAUGAUUCAUAUUUGUCUUUCUUUCUUUCUUUCUUUCUUUCUUUCUUUCUUUCUUUCUUUCUUUUCCGUUAUCUUUACCAUCACUUCUGUCUGCUAUUCUUCCUUUUUUCCCCCAUUAUCUUUUUGUCAUGAUUCAUAUUUGUCUUUCUUUUCUUUCUUUUCUUUUCUUUCUUUCUUUCUUUCUUUUCCGUUAUCUUUACCAUCACUUCUGUCUACUAUUCUUCCUUUUUUCCUUCCCUUUAUCUUUGUCAUGGCUCAUAUUUCUCUUUCUUCCUUUCUUUCUUUCUUUCUUUUUUUCCGUUAUCUUUACCAUCACUUCUGUCUACUAUUCUUCCUUUUUUCCUUCCCAUUAUCUUUGUCAUGA